UCUCCCAAAUCUGCUGUCCAAUGGCGUCCUGCCUUGGGGAAGGAUCAUCCGUAUGAAAAUAUGGGGGAAGUUGUUGCUUUCACCUCAUUCUUGGAACGGGGAUUGGGGUUUCCUUAUUCUUCUUUCUUUUCUGGACUUUUGCGCUACUACAGGAUCCAGCUGCAUCAUCUGACCCCCAAUUCCUUUGUUCAUAUUUCUAUCUUCAUGCAUUUGUGCGAAGCUUUCCUGGGUAUCGAGCCCCAUUUUGAGCUUUUCCGAUUCUUUUUCCAUUUGAAGCCUUAACCCGACUCAUAUAGUCUUAGUAAUAAGGUGAUCGAAUGGAAACCCAAGUGGUUCUAUGUCGAGAACCAGUCAGGAUGCUUUCCACCUACUACUCCUGGCCCUCCAAUCCAAUGGCCUGAAUGGAAUAAAAAACCAGUCGACGAGAGUCAGGUUUAUGAACUACUCGAACGAAUUGCUAUUCUAAGGCAAAAUAUGUUGACUGGAGAAGCAGUCGUAUUCGACUGGAUGAAGAGAAGGAUCCAGCCAUUACAGGCUCGGGAAUCACUUGGAUUCCAGUAUCAGGGAACAGCUGAUUCGUCAAGAUACUCGAAGGAAGAGAUCUCGGAUGAUGUAGCAUUUAGUCGAGUACAAGAACUGUUGAGGAACGUAAAGAAAGUUCUGAUUGUUUCUAAUACCUUUUCUACUACGAAUCCACCGAAGCAGGUACUUGAUAAGAGUAGUCGAUACGUAGAAAUCGAGUAUUUUACUAUAGUGUAAAUCUGAUAGAAUUUGCUUUCUGUAGGAGGACGUGGAUCGCUUUAAGAGUAGUCCUUCGCUACCAAGCAUUUAUUCACCCUUUUGUUCUUCCAAUUUCCUCGAUCUGUUAAUCAAAUCUUAGUAUGUUCAUAUGAGGUUUCAUAUAAACAGUACUGAUGUCUAGACUUAGUUGUGCAGAUGAGGCAGCAUCUAGGGAAAGGAGUGAUGGGGAGCACAGCCCCACUCCGAGUGCUGAUACCCAGACCGAGCACCUAAAGAGUACUCGGUCAGUGGCAAGGAAGCGUAGCAGCUCCUCCCACACUGCUAGCGACAAGUAAGUAGCUAGUUGUUUUGCAAUCGAGUACUUUCUAGUUGUCGAUUUGCAAGAUUUGAUUUGUGUUUUUGCUUUUCCAAGUCCGGCGGCUAAGAUGCCACGGACCUUAGCAUCUGGGGAUGCUGCUGCGGUGGAACAGACUGUCCUCUCCACCACAGUGGACCCGUCGAGUGGGAUCGGGGCUACUCAUUCAGCGAGUAGUUCCGAUGUAAAUAUUACCAGCGAUGCGGGUAAGCGGGCCAUUGUUGCCAAGCCUGCCCACAGCUUUGGCAUCAAGGGGCUCACUUUGAUAAGAGCUCCUACGUAAGUUCCUUAGAACUUGUAACUAUAGGAUCUGAUUUUGAGUCUGGCAGUUUUUUAACUACUUUGUCUUUGCAGAGAUGCAAUCCUGGAUGAGAACGUGGAGGUUGAGACCCACUCAGCUUCCCAAUCGGGGGUGGAGAAACCCCCGAGCAAUCCAGACAUGAGUGCUCAAGAUGCGGAGGCGAUGGCCAACUCCAUGCUUCGAGAUUCUCCAUUGCCGAACUUGGAGAGGGGCAAUGAGGAAAUCCUGGAAGGUGACAGAAGCGGCAAAAUUCCAGAAGGAGGAGAAGGUAAAAAGCUUCCUGAGGGAGGCACUGAUGAACAGCCCGAGAAGACCCCUGAUGACUCCCAAACCACAGGGAAGGCUGCAGGGAGAGUUGAAGAUAUGCCCAAAAGGGCCUUAGCUGAGGUGCUGGCGAGUACUUCCCAGAUCACAUCGGGAAGUGUCUUGUCACGAGAGAAGGUGGAGCUUGCUGUCAAGCUGCUGGAGGAAGCGCUGGGACGGAAGGGUAACCAGUCCCAGGAUGAGGCAUAGCUGAAUGCCCUGAAAGAGAGGGUUAAGACGCUCUCGUCUGAGAAGACUACUCUUGAGGCAAAGCUGAAGAGGCUCUCCCAGUCUAAGAAAGGUUAGUCUUUAGCAUUUGAUAUGCAUUCGAUUAGUAGAUCUGUUUAGUGUUUAUAAGAUUUUCUUUCUAUCGAG